UCCACGUUUGAACCGGCGACGUAGCUCACAACACACAAACGCAUAGAAAGAGAAAAAAAAACCGGUUGAAGGAAAAACCACAGAGAUUCAGAGAAGCGAUUGAAAUAUACAGAACAAAAGAGAUGACGGCCGGGAUGAUUCAGUUGCCGCCCGGUUUCCGGUUCCAUCCGACCGACGAGGAGCUCGUCAUUCACUAUCUCUGCCGGAGAUGCGCCUCGCAGCCGAUUGCCGUUCCGGUCAUUGCCGAAAUCGAUCUUUAUAAGUUCGAUCCUUGGGAUCUUCCAGAAAUGGCUUUACACGGAGAGAAAGAGUGGUAUUUCUUCUCGCCGAGGGAGAGGAAAUAUCCGAACGGUUCACGGCCGAACCGGGCGGCUGGUUCGGGUUACUGGAAGGCGACCGGAGCUGAUAAGCCGAUCGGACGUCCGAAACCGGUUGGAAUCAAGAAGGCGUUGGUGUUUUAUACCGGGAAAGCUCCGAGAGGGGAGAAAACCAAUUGGAUUAUGCACGAGUACCGGCUCGCCGAUGUGGACCGGUCGGCUCGCAACAAGAAUAGCCUUAGGUUGGACGAUUGGGUUCUGUGCCGGAUUUACAACAAGAAGGGCGUAAUCGAUAAGCGAAACCACGCUGCCGUGAAUCGGAACACGAACGGCUUUAAAGUAGAGAUGGAGGACGAGAAGCCGAACAUUUUCGCGAAUCACGGCGGCGAUGGAGGGUUUAUGCCGGCAGUCACGGCGGUGCCGGCGUCAGUGGACGAUUGCAUACAUUUCGAAACAUCGGAUUCGAUACCGCGAUUGCACGCGGAUUCCAGCUGUUCGGAGCACGUGGUAUCGCCGGAAUUCGCGACGAGCGAAGUUCAGAGCGAGCCAAAAUGGAAGGAGUUUCAAAAUGCCUUUGAUUUUCGAUAUAAUUACAUUGAUAACUCACUAGACCAGGAAUUUGCGACGCCGUUUCAGGGCGGGAAUCAGAUGUCGCCGCUCCAGGAUAUGUUCAUGUACCUGCAGAAGCCAUUUUGAAUAUCCAGCGUCUGAUUAUUCUUUGAAUCCUUAAGUGAACGAACAGUCGUUGAUGGUCGUUCAAUCGGACGGUCGCACGAGAUUGACAGUCUGUGAGUGCGCCGCCGCGUAUAUAGGAAAAAAAGAAAUACAGACUGGAAGCAGGAGUUGGUCAUUGUGGUAGGGCCCGAUUGUGGGGUCCACUUAGGUAUUUAGAUCAGACGGGCGCCGUUUAAUCAGACGUUGCUUGUGAAAAUAGGCUGUAAUACACCGUAUAGUUUCUUUGGAACUCCAUUGGAGCCCUUGUAAGCUCCUAUAAUUUGUACCUAAUUCUAGGUUUAUUAAUAUUUUGAAAAUUCUUACCAUGCGUUUUUUUU